AUGUACAAACUUAAGAAAUAUGUAGUAUUGAUUGUUGCGGCUGGUGUUGGCAGUAGAUGUAAUAUUUCAAUCCCUAAACAAUACAUAAAACUGGCAGGUGGGCCUGUUUUACUUCAUGUAAUUAAAAAAUUUCUAGCUAACCAGUAUAUAGACUAUGUAAGAGUGGUAAUUAAUAGAAACCACGAAAGUUUUUAUAGGGAUGUGGUGUCCUCAAUUGUAAGUACUAAAUUGAUGAGCCCAGUGUAUGGAGGAGUAAGUAGGCAAGAUUCAGUUAGAUUAGGUCUUGAAGGCCUACAGACUGAUUAUGUGAUGAUACACGAUGCUUGUAGACCCUUUGUUUCACAUACCUUAAUAGAGAAAUUAAUUAAAUCUAUGAGCUGUGAGCAUACAGGGGUUGUUCCUGUAAUAGAGGUUGAAGAUACUGUGUCGCUGGUGGAUAGUGGUUCGAUCAAAUCUACAAUCUGCAGAACGAAACUCAGGGCAAUACAAACUCCUCAGAUUUUUAAUUUUGCGGCAUUAUUGUUAUGUCAUCAAUUAACCAAAGAGAGUUUUACUGAUGAUUCUUCGCUGGUGAUGGCAUAUAACAAGCAUGUUGCAAUUAUUCAGGGUGAAAAAGGCAAUUUUAAGUUAACUACAGGUGAGGAUCUUAAUAUGGUAAUUGCGGAGUCAAAGUAUCGUGUUGGCAGUGGUUAUGAUAUACAUAGGUUUAAAAGCAGUGCUGAAUGCUUGAUUAAAAUUUGUGGUGUAGAAGUUGAGAGUGAAAUGGCAAUAGAGGCUCAUUCUGAGUGA